GAGCACGCCUGGCCGCAGGAAGAAUCCAGCACAAGACUUUGCUCCCUUCAGACUCUCAAAUUAAAUAGGUAGUGAGCUACUGGCCAGCAGAGCAGCAGCAAAGCGGCUGGGUGUUUCAAGUUUCAGAUCAAAGUGUUUGCCAAGAGGGGAUUGUUCACAUGGCAUCGCUGAAGCGGAGUGCCGAGGAAGCGCUUGAUAGCCAUGGUGAUCGGGAGAGAGGUGCCAGUGGACAAAGCGCUGAGAUCAGCUCCUACUUUGGAGGACCAUCCCAAGAUGAGAAAACACCAAAAACUGGGAACGCUCCCCCGAAAAAGAGUUCGUUGGAGAAUCAUCCGGCGCAUCAAGGGGGUCAGCUACACCUCACCGGUGCCCUGCCUAAGCUCGUCGUGCUCGACCUGGACAAAACGGUGUGGCCCGUCUACUGCCACGAGGAAACCAGGGGGCCGUACACUCGGGGCCUUGGCAACACUCAUUUCUGUAACAGUGAAAGUACCGUGAAAUGCAGUUCCUUCGGGAGGGAAAAAGUCGUACGACUUUUCCCUGACGUGGUCGCCCUAUUACGCUGCCUCCAACAGCAGGGGUCAAUCCGUCUCGCCGUGGCAAGUCGCUCACCUGUAGACGAGGGCGGAGCAGCACGAGGCAUCUUGGGUGCCUUGGGGCUACUGGACCUGUUCUGCUGUCUCGAAAUUCACACAGGAAGCAAGGCAAAGCAUUUCCAGAAUAUCCACGCAGCUACGGGUGUAGAGUACCGAGAAAUGCUGUUCUUCGACGAUGAAAAACACAACAUUAAGACCGUCAGAAGGCUUGGCGUGACCUGCGUGAAGGUUAGCAAAGAAUCCGGCCUGACGUUCGCCGCCGUGAACGCGGGGUUGAAGAAGUACAGGGAGGCGUGCUUGUCGCGGUCAAGCCUGAGAGGUUGGUUCACCCCGGUGGCACCGAAAGAAGACAGCGAACACCCGGGACAAGCUAGGAGGGACUCCGCACAUGGCCCGUGUAUAGUCGAGCAGCGAUGAAAUCUAAGCGGAUUCGUGUUCUCGUUUCAAGUGGGAAAAUAAUCCGUCGGAACCACGUGUGUACUCACUGAGGGUAAGCUUGUUGGACCCUGAAGCCAGGCACGUUGUUGAUAGUAUUCUACAGGAUUACGGGUUCCACGGGGUCGUGGGUAUGGUGUAAGCUUGCAAACCAGUGCGAAAUACAGUUGGUGUCGUGUGUCACGCGGUGGGGCGGUCUACACCAGUCACCUUGUGCGACCGAGUUCGACGGCUUCAACUCCUUAGCGUCGUCAACUAAAGUGUGAUGACUUCGGAUAUAGAAAAGGGUAGCCUUCCAGUGUACAAGUCUCGAGAUACCACCCUAGUGCGGAAAUGGCACCGCGAUGGGAUGGGGGGGUGUACACCCGACACCUGGUGUGACUGUCACAGCUUCUACCCCCAGCGUCAACUAAAGAAGUCUGAUCAUAACGGAUGUAGAAAAUUGGUAACCUAAGUGAAGAAUUCUAAAGCUAACGCAGUGUAGUGCGGAAAAGGCACCCGAGUACGCUCAUAGAGGUAAAAAAAAACACCGCAAGCUUGCAGGUAUUCAGUGAUCGUCAGCCCCACGGCGUGUCAGACCGCUUGAUCCCGACUCUCUGCCACCUUCGCUUGAUUCGGAAUCUGACCCAUCUUCAACCCUGGAGUGGGGGAAGCACAGCAAGAGUUGAAGGGUACAAUGAAGGGCACAGUGGGUGUUAUCAACACCAACACUCCCCAUUCCAGGUUGAGGCUGCCUCGGGUACAGGUGCUACCUGCGUCUGCACUUGUCUUAUGCGUGCUGUUCUGUACUCACGUGGUUCUCGGGUCGUCGACCGCCUUGCCUUCAUUUGUGCAGAGAUCUCUCAGGAGCCUCAGAAUUUGGACCUGUAAGAAUGUACGACCGAAACGUAAAGAGCCAGGUUAUAGGAUGCAACAGUUGCCGUUGAAUGCCGAGU